GCGGCUCCGGCGCAGUCGGCGGGGCUGAGCGGAGCCGCCUGGGCAGCGUCUGCCCCCGCCGCGCAUUGCUUUCAUCAUGAGUUCCGAGCUAAAUGUCCCAGCGGAUCCUGCCACUCCUGCUUGCGGCUCUGAACCUGGCACAAAGGGCAUGGAUUAUCGGGACUGGGUCCGCCGUAGCUAUCUGGAAUUGGUCACUUCGAAUCAUCACUCUGUUCAGGCCCUCGCGUGGAGAAAACUGUACCUGAGCCGAGCCAAGCUCAAAGCUUCCAGCAGAACGUCUGCUUUGCUCUCUGGAUUUGCUAUGGUUGCCAUGGUGGAGGUGCAACUAGAGAUGCAGUAUCAGUACCCCCAAAUGCUGCUAAUUGCGUUCAGUGCCUGCACAACAGUGCUGGUAGCAGUUCAUCUCUUCGCCCUUCUCAUUAGCACCUGUAUACUACCUAACGUGGAAGCGGUGAGUAACAUACACAACCUAAACUCCAUCAGCGAAUCCCCACACGAACGCAUGCAUGUCUACAUAGAGCUGGCCUGGGGUUUCUCCACAGUCUUGGGAAUCCUCCUUUUCCUCGCUGAGGUGGUGCUUCUGUGCUGGAUAAAAUUUCUGCCUGUGGACUCCAUUAUGAAAAACGAGACUUCCAUCGUUCAAAAGCCCAGUGGCCAUGUGGGCUGGCAAGCAGCUCUGGUCUCCACAAUCAUCAUGGUCCCAGUGGGUCUGAUUUUUGUUGUUUUCACCAUUCACUUCUACCGUUCUCUGGUGCGGCACAAAACGGAGCGACAUAACCGGGAGAUUGAAGAGCUUCACAAACUGAAAGUGCAAUUAGAUGGACAUGACAGAGGGUUGCAGGUAGUGUGACAGAGGAACAGAGAUCUGUUUCAAAGCAAAUCAUUUUGCUCAGGAUAAGAGCAAAAUAAACAUUUUGCUAAUAGGAGCAACCCAAACCAGACCAAUUAUGGAUUAUUUGGGGGUCUAACAAUCUAACAUGCAAAUUGCCUGAUUUAUAGGGCAAUGGGUUCUAUUGCUUUUCCAGACUAAUGGGGUCUCUGGCCUAUUUCUAGUGCUGCACGAUUGUGUACUUAAGUUGAUACUGCCAUACAGUUAAAAACCAAAACUUUACCUACUUUAACAUUAUGUUCCGGAGAGUGGUUUCCAAAUUGUUAUAUUUUAAC